AUGGGCGACUCGCGGAGCUCGCUGAAUUUGGGGAAUGACGAGGAGAGCCCCAGCAGCCGGAGGCCCUGCCAUGAGAGGUGGCUGUCCCCGCUGACCGAGAACGGUUUCCGGAGCGGGAUGCUCACUUUGACCACCACCGCCCUUGGGGGCGGCGUGCUGAGCGUGGCAUACGUGAUGAACAUGUGCGGCAUGGUGCUCGGCUGCUUGAUGCUGGCACUGGGCGCGCUGCUGGCAUAUCUGGGCAUGUCGGCCUUGAUGGAGAUGAGCACCAAGACCAACUGCAACUCCUACGCCGCCCUCUUCUCCCACUGCGCCGGGCCCGCCGCAGGGCCCAUCCUGGAUGCCAUGCUCUUUGUGUACGGCAACGGCGCGUGCGUGGGCUACAUGGUCUUCAUCGGGGACUUCAUCCCGGCGAUCAUUGCGCUGAUGCUUCCCGAGGAGGCUUGGGCCCAAAACACCACGGGCAUCACGCGCACGGUGUCCAUUGGUGUGGCGGCUGCGCUCUUGAUCCCGAUGAUGCUGCCCGAGGAUCUGUCGCGCUUGAAGUUCCUGCAGCCGGUGUCCAUCGUCGCGCUGAUGUACAUGUCGCUGGUGGUGGCCUUAAAAAGCCCCAGCAGCUUCAAGCGAUUCGAUCACCAGCCGUCCUUUGGGGACGUUCGGCUGAUUACGGUGGACGCUCACUUUUUCGAGGCCUUUUCCCUCUGCGUCUUCGCCUUCAACUGCCACUUGAAUGUGGUGCCGACCGCAAACCAACUGACGCGGCCCACCAGGGAGAGGACAAAGAAGAUCGCCAGCCGGGUCAAUGUCUUUCAGUGCAUCUUCUACUGCCUCAUCGGGGUGACAGGUUACCUGUCCUUCCUGGACCAGACCUGCUCCGACAUUUUGAACAACUACAACCCCAAAGACGGCUUCGUGGCGGCGGGGCGCUGCUUCUUGACCCUCACCAUGAUGGUGGCCAUUCCGGCCAACCUGAACCCCACGGUGAAAUCUGGGGUGCAGCUCAAGGACUACUUCUCCUCCGCUGAGCCCUUGAUCAGCAGGGCGACCUCGACCCCAAGGAUCUCUUCAGAUCGGGCCUGCUUCCGCAUCACGGUCUCCGUGUUGUGCCUGGCCUGCCAGGCCGCUCUGGCGGUGGUUGUGCCCAACGUUGGCACUGUGCUCAGCUUGCUCGGGGCCACUGUGGCCACCGCCAUGAUGCUCAUCAUCCCCGCCUACUGCAUGGGAGUGGUCAUGGAGAAGACCGUGAAGCGACAGCUGCAGCAGGCGCUCCUCUACUUCUGCUCGCUGCUGAGCGUCGCAUCUGUGCCCAUUACAUUUCUGGAGCUGGCCAACCUGAUGGGCAAGCCCCCAGUGUGCAACCGCCACAUCUGA